UAUCAACAUGAUCUCUGAACAAAGCAAUAGGUGACCAGAGAACUCUAUCAUCAAAGUCAAUAUGCGCAAAGACAAUGAGUUGUUUUCUUCAGUCUUUGACCGCCUAUGCUCCGUGUUUAUAGCCUUUUCUGAGCAGAUUAAGACAAUUUUGAGAGCAAAGAGAAGAAUCAUCAAGCAAACGACAUCGCAUUAGACGAAAGAUGAUUGGAUGCAAAGCCCUGACGAUGAGAAAGACGUACUUGUGCGCUGCGCUGCGCGCUAAAGGCAAUCAAUCCAAUUGCGAUAGUAUCUAAAGCUUGAAUAGCCCGGUAAAUCGACACUCACAAGGGGGAAGAGCAGCCGCAAAGCUACAAAAGCAAAGCAAGUUUUGGAUUUGCUGCUAAAACUGUUUUUGGUGUUCUAUCGCGGUCGAAUUCAGAUCGUGUUUUGAUGAAUAAACUUCAUCAUCUUAAAAACGACUAAAAUCAUAAAAGCUCUUCAAGGAUAUUGAAAUCAUCAUGCAACAAACAGGUGAAUCAGGAGGAAGCCAGCAAGCACCAAUUGCUAAACCCUAUUAUCAAAUCAAGUCACCCUUUCCGCUUGAGCUUGACAGGCGCUUUAUAGAUCAAAAUAAAGGCAAGAGUAUGGCACUGCAGAGGCGAAGACAGAAAACACCUUCUGAAAGCGUUCGAUGUUAUUGGGCAGUACUAUCUACACGACCUGCGGAUGUUGGGAAUAUGUUGAAUAAAGCAAAUUUGGUCUUCCUCCACCUUGAUCCAACUAUGGAGGAAUCAUUGGGCUAUAGCGUAGAAUCGCUUAUGGGCACAAGUGCAUUGGAUUUAGUUCAUCCUAAUGAUGCCAAAUGGAUUGAAACGAACAUCUUGCAAUACGUAAUGGGUAGUAGAAGCGAAAAAAAGGUGCUUCAAUGUACAAUGAAAAGCGUCUUAUCGAUGGGUAAAUACGUUCAUUCUUCACUUAACGAUCGAAAGUUAGAUUUUUCCACUUUUACACAAUCAAAAGAAGAAGAUCAUCAAUUAACCGAUAUCCGGAUGGAAUUGAUCGGAGAUGAAAUGUUACUAUGCUUCUUUCAUGCUGUUGAAGAUAGAUCUAAACAAGAUUAUAAUCAGCAGGAUAAAUCUCAAUGGACAAACUGGUGCGAAACGCCUUUGGAUGCAUUUGACGAUCAGCAUUGUCAAACGUUAUGGGAGCAUAUUUUGGCUGUACGAUUCAUCGCCCCAUCAUCAAGUGCGAUUGAAAGACAUCAAAGCGGCUUUCCAAAAACUGUCUUUCAAAUUCUGACAGAUGAUCCACAGAAGAGCAUUUUAUUUUCCUGGCCGCCACCAAGGUUAUUUGAGUCAAUGCAACAUUUUACAAGCAUAUCCGGUACAGAAAUUUAUAGGGAUGGCAGCUAUUUUGCAGACGCUUUUGCUCGCCUGACGAACCAAUUAGAUUUUCAGGAUGAUGAUUUUGAGGAUUACCAAAGACUGACUGCUUGUAAAAGUCAACUGCAAGCAGCAGCAAGCAUUUAUAUGGAUGGUUUUGCCCUCGACUUGUUUGUAAAAAUCAUUCUGCACGGGGAAAUUAAAUUUGCACUUUUCUUCGUUGAAAAAGCAGAAUACUUUGCCGAACAUCAACCUAAUCGAUUAGAAAAGGAUGAUGUUCGAUAUAAGCAAAUGUAUCCUCUCGUAGUGCAUGAGGGCCAAGGAUCUCCUUUCUUCACCUGGGCAUCGAGCUCAAGACAGCAACAACAACCAGAAGAUUGGACCUCUGAUUUCCGUCCAAUCCAGUCAUUUUCACAAACCUCAUCAGCAAGUUCAUCCUCUAACCGAAACUCAGAACGAGUUGCCGAUUUUAAUUCAUCACAGAACGAUGAUGUACAAGCCAGUUCGUCCGCACGUACAAAUGAAGCUGCGACCUUUUCCCCAAUGACCGAUGCUAUAUUAGCAGUAAUACACGGCACCGGACAGGAUAGUGAAGAAAGAAGUCAGAUGAUUUCACCUACAAUGAAGUGCUCGAUGUGUGGAACUACAAAAAGUCCAGAAUGGCGAAGAGGUCCGGCUGGAAAAAAAAGUUUAUGCAACGCCUGCGGAUUGCGAUAUUCGAGAGAGACAACGAAGACACGGAAACAGGGUUAA